AUGGGUCGUAAAAAACAGGGAGUAGCAGUUGAGGAGAUACAUGGAGUAGCCGAUGCUGAGCUACAUGGAGUAGCCGAUGCGGAGCUACUUGGAGUUACUUAUAGAGAAGAACCUGCAAGAUGGGGGAAAAAAGCGAAGAUUGAUUAUGAUGACAUGGGACGCCCAUUAUACAAUGCAAAUGGAAAGGCAUUGCAAUCCUACAUUGGCUCUGUUGCUAGAACUAUGGUGCUAAUCAACAUAAAGUCUUGGCCUACUGUUCCAAAAAAUAUAAAACAAAAAAUAUGGGAAGAGAUCUCGAAUGUGUUUGAAUUAGCACCACAAAGUGAGGCUACUGUGAUGAAUUCAGCAUCUCAAAAAUGGAGAGAUUUCAAAAAAAAACUCACUAGCAAAUUUGUUUGGCCAAAUAAAGACAAUCCUGAAAAAUUGAGUUCUUCACCGAGACAAUAUCAGAUUCCAAAAGCAGUUUGGAAAGCAUUUGUAGAUGAGAGACUUCAUCCAUCAUGGGAGCAAGUUAUUCAUAAAAAGCAAAAAGAACGAACGAUGCAUUAUAAAUACCAUCACAGAUUGUCUCGCAAGGGUUACAUUGGGUUAGAGGCUGAAUUGAGGGAGAAAAAAUUAAUUGCUGAAAAUGAGGAAGUUGAUAGAUCAAUACUUUGGCGUAAAGCUCGCGAGGACAAAUCUAGUAACAUAACAAAUAUGGAAAUAGCAGAAGUCGCUGAAAAAAUUGAUGACUUGUUGGAAAAGAAAGUCAAAGGAUAG